AUGCUCCUGCUCUUUAUUCUUUUAGCAGCAGUCUUUUCCUUAACGACGGACGAUAUCCUCAACAAAACAAAGUACGUUGUUUCGAUGGUGACUGACAAACGCAACAACAUCUAUUAUAUUGUCGAGUCUGGUGAUGUUACAAAGAAAAAUACGUUAUAUCAAGUCACUCCAUCUUCUGGUGCUGAUAUGGCUAUACAAAUUGCAGACAACGUUGGGAAAGAAGUUGUGUACAGUCAAACCUUUGGCGAAGUCUUUUACACCAAAUGUGAUGCCUCCAAUGAGUGCAAAUGGUACUCUAUUGAUGACACUGAAGUGGAAUACUCCAUUACAAGCGAAUUGUCAUUAACAAAGCCAACUAUCUUAUCAAAUAGAGUCUAUUUCCUCCAUCAAGUUUUCUAUGGGAUGGAAGUGAUGGCUUCAGAACAGAAAUACACUGAGUUACUGAAGAGAAAGACGACGUCCCACCACGUCUUCAAACAAACUCCUUUUGGACAGGGAAGUGCUUAUGUCCCGACAACCGAUGACGGGACUCCUAUGUACAGCCACCUCAUUUCUGCGGAGAUUAAAGUAGACGAGGCCGGUCGGAUCUCGUUGAGUAAUUAUGUCGAUGUGACUCCCACUGUUGGGGAAGUUGUUUCGUAUCACAUUAAUGAAGACGAGACGUUUAUUGCUAUCGAAGCGAAAUCCACUGCCACUGCUGACGACAAAGCGAAGUACCAGAAAUCGUCCAUUUACACGAUGAGUGUUGGAAAGACGGACAUUGUGUGUGUGACGUGUGAGAUGGGAGGGAACCAGAUGUCUCCAAAGGUGACCAAAACAGGGAAGUAUAUAGUGUUUGUUCGAAAGGCGUCUCUUCUUGAGCGAGCUGGGAUCAAAGUAGUAGUUAUUAUUGAUAGAGAGACUAAAGAGGUUAUUACUAAUGAUGGGACUAUCAGAGUUUCGACGCCAAAACUUCAAAUAGGACAGUCAGAGACUCUUAUUGAAGUCUAUGGAGUGAAUAAUCGAUGGGAGGUGUUAAGUGUGAAUAAAGCGGUGUAUGAUGUUGAAGGGAAAGUGUGGAGUACCUCUGAUGUUAACACAGAAGGAGCUAUAGAAAUGAUUGAUAUAGUCAAAUGUGCUGAUUCGAGCGAUUGUAUUGUAGCCGUACAGUCAUUUAGUUACCAACCGGGUGAACUCUAUUUUUUCGAUGAAAAGAGUGCCUCUAAAGUCUUAACACGACUGAACGAUUACACUCAAUACAGUCUCGCAAAACCUAUUAUUGUAAGACCUAUGGCCGCACUCUCUGAUAGAAUCUUUGGAUUAUUAUUUAAGCCAGAAAGCACUGAGAAAGUCCCUGUUGUAGUGAUUGUCCAUGAUGAAGAAGAUGGGACUGCUAUUGAUUCGUUUAAUAAAGUGAUGAACUCCUAUACAUUAGUGAGUGAAGGGUAUGCUGUGUUAUUAAUGAAUGGACAUCAAAGUGUUGGGUAUGGAGAAAAGAUACGAUUAAACGGUCAAAUAGAUAACGCCGUGUUAAUUGAAGACAUUCAGAGUAUGGUAAAAGAACUCAAUAAUUAUAAUAUUGACUCGACUCGAAUUGCACUGGUCGGACUUAUUGGAGCAUCAAGAAUUGUACCUUCUUUGUUGGAUUCGGACUUAUUUAAGUGCGCCGCUGUCCACGCUCCAAUAUUGUCAAUCAAAUCUCAUUACUACACUGACGCUCAAUACACUUUCGAACACGUUUAUGAAGGCGUAGAGUACGAAAACCCAUUCUGGUACGCUAAGAAUGACGCGAUGAAAAAUGUCGCGAAUUAUAAGGUACCAACUCUCAUUUCUUACGGAGAUCUCGAUUUCGUUGUCGAUAAGUCACAACCUAUUUCUCUCUUCCAAGCACUCCAGAGAAGAGGAAUUACUAGUAGAUUACUUAGAUUCCCAUAUUCAAAUAACAUCAUUGAGAAGAAUGAGGAUAUUAAGGUAUUCAAUGAACAAUACAUUAAGUGGUUCAACGAGCAAUUGAAGUGA